AUGGAUCACGUAUCCACGCUGUGUGCCCUGAGCACUGUCGGCAUCGCGCCUACUGGGUUCGCACUUGGCCGCGCAGACCGGACCCAGCGCCCCAGCCUCUUUCGGCGCAAAACUGUCGCGCAAGACUCACCCAACCCGAGCGCGGAUCCUCGUCCCAAGACUGCUGCGCCAGCAAAAAGUCCAGCGGCCGAGUGGCUGGCAGCCCGGGAGGAGGAAACAGCGAAUCAGCAUGAAGGGCCAGAUCUUCGUCGAGCCUCCCUGUCCUUCAGUGCGGCCAGGCGUCGACGUCGUGGUCAGACCUUAACCAAUCCACCGCUGAGAAUUCCCGAACAUGAGACGACCGACGCGCCCCCAGAGGCUCACACCCGGCGGCCAUCCACCGGGUGGCUGCGCCGGUUGUCAAUGGCCUCGUUCAGCACAGACAGCCCGAGUGCGAACAGCCCAACGACGCCGUCAUUCAGUGGCUCAGCCAGUCCGAUGUUCCCCCCCUCCCCGAACCAACGCAGGCCGCCGAACAAGCUGAUCAAGCGCCCGGUAACCCAGCACAACAAUAUGCAUGGGUUUGGCGUAAACACCAUCUCCGGGCCGUCCCCAACCGUUUUACGCCGACCCGCCACGAGUCAUCAGCGGUCGGAGUCUAUGAUUCUCCAGACCCCAGUGGAAUCGGACUUUGAAACGUAUUUCCCAAAGGCCGCCGUGGAAACACCUGCCGUGGAAGACUUUGAUCUGGACAAUCAGAAGCAAUGGUCGCCGUUCUUCCUCCCCAAGGCAGGCAAGUUGACAGAAAUGUUCUCGCGCAGGUUCUCGACUUCGACCACGGCGAAAGCGCAGAGUGUGCGUCAGAUCGUGUCAGAGCAGGGGGCACUUCCCGCGCUGGUUAUGGCGGGAGAAGUCUCAUCUGGGACAUGCACACCCCGAGGCAGAUCCGGGCCUAGUACCCCGAUUGAAUUCCGCAAUCCGUUUCAGUCAGCGCCCUCCAAGUCUGCUCCUACGCAACCAGCUGUGGCACCCGAGGUACCGUCAACCGCACAGGAGCCCGUGGAAAAGCCUCCGCAUAAGCACUCACAUUCAUGCAAUGAUGCCGAGCCAAAGGUUGUAAUGACGAAUACCGUCACAGCGCAUGGAAAGCCGAUCAUCGGCCUUGUGCGCGGCGGCUCCUUGAAACGUGUCAAGGGACGAACUUUCUCAAUACCUCGUUCUGAAUUGUCACAAGCAGAUAGGAAGCUGGCCAUCCCAUGUUCUGCUGCGCCUGAGCGGCGUAACAUCACCGACCCGACGGUUUUCCAACCGCCACACCCCAUCUCCCAGCCUGGUUGGGCGGUUUCAGCGUUGGAAAGGCGCGCUCAGGUCGGACCGCGAUCUGUUUCGCAGGAUUAUGAUGUUGGCCUAGGAUCUCGAGGUGGGUCACGACCAUUGAACUCGGAUGAUGUUGCCCUGUCCGCUUGGCAGCAAGCAUCACGUCCUGGGGGGCAAGGGUACGGCUCUCUGCGCCGUCGCCCCAAGGGAUUCUCGAUCUCAGGUUCCAAUCCCGCUUCUACCAUCAUUGGAUCAGAUGACACCCGUGUGUUCACUUCCUGUGAUGAAUAUGAAACCGACGUGAUGUCGGACUAUUGGGAUUCUAUCCGUACCCGCGAGACCAGCACGAGCGGACUGAAAGGCCUCCGCAUCGAAACGAUGUUCGAUAAAGCAGGAGCCAGUUUGGUAAAUGAAGAAGCCACGACCCUGGAGGCCCUGCUUCCGCGGGGCUCCUUCGCUGCUCGAUCGGAGAAGGAUCCUCGACUGUUUCCUGAUUCAUAUUUGGCCUCUCCCCCUCUAACUCAUGUCUCAAUGGCUGAUCACCCGGCGUUGGCCGACGAUGCGGAUGAAGACUCCCUCAGUAUGAUCGGAUCUCUCCCUGGUGACGAUCGUCCAGCCUUCUCCUCGCCUACAAGCAACCUGCUAUCUAAAUACGCCGAGGUUGAUUCUCCCCUUGGCUCGCCCGUGAGCCCUUCUCGGCCUUUCGGGGAUAUCUCCGACCUCACUGUCACCAAAAAAGCGAACAUCUUUGACUGGUCUGAACAGACGCGAUCGGAUCGCGAGUCUUCCGAGUUUGAAGCACGUCCCCGAACAAUGCAGGGAAAGCAAGAGGGUGUCAAUCGAAGCAGCCGGGCUGUGUGCCGGAAGGCACCCUCCACUGUCCACCUUCGUAGCCAAAGUGUUCCCGUCGCGAGCGAACUUCCUACGAGUGAAACACGCCAAACAUCUGGCAAGUUUGGUACUUGGGGACUGGGAUGUAAAGGCGUCAGCGAAGACUGGGAUAGCGAUUUCGACUUUGACGAGUCAGAAGAGACGCCCGUUGCAGAAAACAAACAACUCGCUUCACCGGACCCUGAACCCAAUCGCCAGAGUAUGACUGUUCCAAAGGCUAUCCUGGAACGUCAGGCCAGUCUUCGUGGACAGUUCGGGCAGGUACAGGAAUUGACCUUGUUGGUGGAAGAAUUGAAGCGUCUUCGGCACCAGGCCAAUGCGCUGGAUAUCGUCAACGGCCCCUCCAACGAGCUAUGGAGGGAGGCGGAACAAAUCGUGAACCUUGCGACCAUUGAUGAAGAGGAGGAACGUCGCUCACCCCCAGGCUCUCCUUCCUCUCUCACAUUCAGUUUCGAUGAAUCCGACGAUGAGGGCCUCAAUACCUCCUCUUCCAAGCGAGAUAGCGAGGCUUCCUGGGACAUGCAGAAUGAACAUUCCGAACACACGCUACCCCUCUCUCUCCAUAAAGACUUGUCCAAGUCCAAGUCUGUGCUUGACAUCCUCCAGCCGCGCGACCCCAAGCCUGCGCUUCACGAAUUGGACUUCGCCUCACGGGCGAAAAAGCUUCCGUUCGACACUUCUUCGUUGAAGAAUUUGGUGGUCCGCGCUGGGGUGGUUACGCGUGCGCUGAAGGACGUGAUACGCAAAGCCGAGGGUGUCGCAACCAGCCCUCGCGAUUUCUCUCACGAUCCCCCAUUCCGCCGCAUCUUCGACAAACCUGACUUCGCCGACUUUGAGGCUGCCCUGGCAGAAAUGUCAUAA